CGCUAUGGAUUCCUGCAUCCAGGCCUUGUACAGUCAAUCCAGUCUCAAAUCAAAGUUGAGCUGUAGCGUAGCUUCCUUCCAUAGAUCUCGUAGAUCCAGGAGUUCGAUAACAAUGUCUGGCGAUAGCUCGAACAUAAGAGUCCCGCACGUGCUAACCGUCGCAGGUUCGGAUUCCAGCGCCGGUGCUGGAAUCCAGGCGGACCUCAAGGCCUGCGCGUCGAGGGGAGUCUACUGCUCCACGGUUAUCACUGCCGUUACUGCUCAGAAUACAGUGGGAGUUCAGGGUGUACACAUUGUGCCAGAAGAGUUCUUGGCGGAUCAGCUGAGGUCAGUUCUAUCUGAUAUGCGUCCGGAUGUUGUGAAAACGGGCAUGCUCCCUUCCACGAGCACAAUCAAGGUCCUCUGUCAGUGUCUUAAGGAAUUUCCCAUUCAAGCUUUGGUGGUUGAUCCUGUCAUGGUCUCUACAAGUGGAGACACCCUAUCUGGUCCCUCAACUUUAGCCAGUUUUCGGGAUGAGCUCAUUCCCAUGGCUGAUAUAGUGACUCCAAAUCUGAAGGAGGCAUCUGCUUUGCUAGGUGGCAUGCACUUGGAAACACUUGAUGACAUGCGAUCUGCUGCUAAAUCUAUACAUGAAUUCGGCCCAAGGAAUGUACUUGUGAAAGGAGGUGACCUCCCUACUUCUAUGGAUGCUGUUGAUAUCUUAUAUGAUGGGAAGGAAUUUCAUGAAUUUCAGUCGCCACGCAUAAGUUCAGCAAACACCCAUGGAACUGGUUGCACACUGGCUUCUUGUAUUGCAGCUGAGUUAUCUAAAGGCUCUCCAAUGAUUUCUGCUGUUAAGGUAGCUAAACAAUGUGUUGAAACAGCCUUAGAUUACAGUAAGGAUAUAGUCAUUGGAAAUGGUCUUCAAGGUCCUUUUGAUCAUCUAUUGAAGCUCAAGAGUAAUGCACUGAAGUCAUGUAGGGCACAUCAUUUUGUUCCAAGCGAUCUCUUCUUGUAUGCUGUUACAGAUUCAAGGAUGAACAAAAAGUGGGGGCAUUCAAUAACUGAUGCGGUGAGAGCUGCGGUAGAGGGUGGUGCCUCUAUUAUUCAACUUAGGGAGAAGGAUGCAGAAACAUUAGACUUCUUGGAAGCAGCAAAAUCAUGUUUGGAAAUAUGUCGCCUCCAUGAUGUACCCCUAUUGAUAAAUGACAGAAUUGACAUUGCACUAGCUAGUGAUGCUGAUGGCGUGCAUGUCGGGCAGUCUGACAUGCCUGCCCAUGCUGCCAGGGCCCUUCUCGGGCCCGACAAGAUUAUUGGAGUUUCGUGCAAAACACCAGAGCAAGCUCAUCGGGCAUGGGCAGAAGGGGCCGAUUACAUUGGCUGUGGGGGCGUAUAUCCAACAAACACUAAAGAAAACAAUCUGACAAUCGGAUUGGAUGGGCUGAAAUCUGUAUGUCUAGCUUCAAAAUUGCCAGUUGUGGCUAUUGGUGGCAUUGGCAUCUCCAAUGCCGAGGCUGUGAUGGCUAUGGGACUACCAAACCUGAAAGGUGUUGCUGUAGUGUCUGCUUUGUUUGACAGGGAAUGUGUUGCUACAGAAACCAAAAAGCUGCAUAAGGUGCUUUCUCAAUCAGCCACAAAAGCAAUCUGAAGCUUGUUGGUAUGUCACUACUCACUCAUGCAUUUGUUGAUCUCAUCUCUCUUUCGCCUGAUUUUCACCACAAAUUCAUGUCUACUUUUGAGUAAGGAUAAGGCUUGCAUAAACAUACGCUCCCCAA